AUGGUACAUUUUGGGGUACAUGGAGGCCAAGAAGAGUUUGAAGAGACGAGACAUGAUCAUGUUGAUAGUCUUGGGAGCAGGUUUUUGUGCAACACUUGUGUGUGGGCGAUAAUGAGGGACUUAGAGGACGUGAAUGUGUGGGUAGAUUGCAUUGUUCGUUAUCCUCCAAAAAUAGUAGUGGUCAAUAGGAUGGAUGAAAUCUUGGAUUGGAUUAUUGAUGAUUGCAUAAGUUUCAUAGAUUUCAAAAAUUAUGAUCGCACCGCACUUUUCGCUCGCUAA